AUGGAUCAAGAUAAUGAGAGAAACAUCUCCAGACUGUGGAGAACUUUCCGUACGAUGAAAGAAAUGGUUAAAGACAGAGGAUAUUUUAUAGCUCAGGAGGAGAUAGAUCUGUCUUUGGAGGAUUUCAAAGUCAAAUACUGUGAUUCAAUGGGUAGACCGCAGCGUAAGAUGAUGUCCUUUCAAUCUAACCCAACUGAGGAAUCCAUAGCGAAGUUUCCUAACAUGGGGACGCUUUGGGUGGAAUUCUGUGACGAACCAACCGUCGGUGUCAAGACGAUGAAAACUUUCGUCAUACACAUCCAGGAGAAGAAUUUCCAAACGGGUAUUUUUGUUUACCAAAAUAAUAUUACACCGAGCGCUAUGAAAUUGGUUCCAUCGAUACCUCCAGCUACCAUUGAAACUUUUCAUGAGGCUUCAUUAGUGGUCAACAUCACUCAUCAUGAGCUAGUUCCAAAACACAUAAGGCUAAGUGACGAAGAGAAGAAGGAAUUGUUGAAAAGAUACAGACUUAAGGAAUCUCAAUUGCCUAGGAUUCAAAGAGCUGAUCCCGUUGCAUUAUAUUUGGGAUUGAAAAGAGGCGAAGUGGUCAAGAUCAUUAGGAACAGUGAGACUGCUGGCCGCUAUGCAAGCUAUAGAAUCUGCAUGUGA